GAGAGAGAGAGAAUCACGAUAAGAAGGCCCGUUUAUCUCUUUAAUUAAUUUCCUGUUUCCGAUAUUUUCCACCGAUAGAGAUGGACAGGUUCUUAGUAGGCUGUUCGUUCUUUCGUUCGCUAGUUCUAUAAAACAUAACCUAUAGUGGUUACAAGUUACGAGGUUCAGGUAUAUUCGCUGCCGUAAGCGAUACAUGUACAGGUACACGCGUACGUAUGAUAUCUCUGUGUGUUGUGUGCGUAUAUAUAUAGUCGAGGAUGUGGAUGGCGAUUGGCGGCUUGUAACAUGGCCGACCGAUGCGCGAGUUGAGUUGCGCAGUUGACAAAUUUUGUCAAACUUCUAUACUACUGUAUGACUGUUAUAUAGUGUUACAAAUCAUUUCGUGAUUGAAUCACUUUGUUCUCGACUUUUGAACAAUGUAUCUUCUCAAAGUAUCGCGAUUAUCUCAUUUGUUAUGUGAGCACUGUGAGAAUAUAUAAGAGUUUAGAGCGUAAAAGCGAAAGGUGGAAGAGUGAGUGCAAGACAGAGAGAAGGAAGGAGGCGUUAAAAGGAGGACUCGUUUAGAGGGAGGAAAGUGCUAACGUGUAGAGAGGGAAAGAGAAGGAGAGAGAAAGAGAAGCAGAGUGGCCGAUCUGCUUAUUUCGAGAAACAUACCUUUACCUGUAUAAUCAUUGUCAUAGAUUUGGGAAGAGAUUAAAGCAGUGAAUUCUUUCAUUAAGGAGUGAAAGAAAAUCGAAGUGGGAAGGAUACGAAUGAUAUUUUCAUUUCGAUCCUAUCGUAUCGAGACGAGACUAUGCAGGGAAAAAGAAAUCCGUAAAGGUAACGAAGAACGAUCGAAGGAAGACGACAACGGAAAAUCAUAAUAACGAAGAUAAAGAUUUCUUUCCAUCGUAGAAACAUGCUAAUUCGUCUGUCACGAGGAGGCGUGACGAGUCGUAGGUCGCAAGAGUUUCGAGCACGAUUCUUCUCGUGACCGAAUUCUGAGGUUCGGGUGUGUACGAAGUAUACGGUGCGUGCCUAAGUACGAAAUCAAGAGAAAACGAUUUAUUGAGAUUUUCCUCGAUGAGAUAUACAAUACCGCGUGCGAGUUUCUAUCUUCCUCUUUCGCAUUUUUUCUCGACGUUCUAUCGCUAAAUAAUAUCAUUACGUCCUCAAGGCUAUUUUGGAAUAGAGUUCACUCUGUCUGGUUUGUCCAAGAUAUUCGGCUAUGGUUGUAGCCAGUGGUGGAUGGGUACAAAAUGCCAAUUAUCCUGCUGCUCAGAAUAAUAACAACCUGAGCUUGAGCAACAUGCAGGACAAUAAGAUGGCACCGAAAGUUGUCCUGAUUUGCAGGGACAACUCUCAUCCGUUUCAAGAACGUACAUUGACUUUGGAAGAACCUGUGAAAAUAGGUCGUUCGGUGGCCAGAGUAAGGGCUGCUCCGAAUAAUGCGAUCUUUGACUGUAGAGUGUUGUCAAGGAAUCACGCUCUGCUUUGGUAUUCCGGUGGAAAAUUUUACUUACAAGAUACUCGUAGUAGCAAUGGUACAUUCAUUAACAAUCAAAGGUUAAGUACCUCCGGUUUGGAAUCUGCGGCCGAAGAAGUAUGUUCCGGAGACAUAGUUCAAUUUGGAGUGGACGUGGUAGAGAAUACGAAGAAAGUCACGCAUGGUUGUAUAGUGGCAACAAUAAAACUUUAUCUGCCAGAUGGUAAAGAAGCUAAGGCUAGUCUCAGCACGUCCGUUACACCGGUAGGAAGUAAUGUUUCCUUAGAGGAUUUAUAUAAAUUGUAUCAAGUUAUACAAGAAGCUUCUAGGAGGGAAAAGGCGCUUAAUUCUAAACUAGGACAUCUUCAACAACUAGUAGAAAAUAUUCGUAAAGUUACUAAUCAGUCAUGGAAAGCAUUGAUAACGGAAGAUCGUUUGUUAUCAUGGGUUGAAACUGUGGAAAAUCAACUGGUUGUUUAUUCUAAAAAUUACACGGAAGAUAAAAUUAGAAACGAACUUGUAAAACUCCAAGAGGAAAAAGCACAAUAUCAAAAUACAGCAAAGGAAGCAUUGCAGAAAAUUUUACAAGAAAAGCUGGAAAUUGCUAAAAGGCUAGUACACGUAGAAACUCAAUUAAGCGAAACAGAGGAAGAAAAUCAGAGUUUGCACAAUGUUUCAAAAUAUACUCAAAAUGAACUGCAAGAACUCAGUGUCAAAUAUACGGAAGUACAAAAGAAACUUCAGGAAACGACGAACAAACUUUUGGAAACUGAAGAAAAAUUAAAAGUAGUGAAGCAAAAUGCGGAACAAGAGAUACAAGUUAUAUUAAAAACAUUGGAGCGUCAAGAGGCAAAAGAACAAAACUUGUUGGCAAGAUUACAAAAAUCUAGAUUAAGUUCGGUUAAUAUUCUUAAGCAGAUCACUGCCUUGAGAAAUUAUAUGCAAACUUUGCAAGAUAUGGAUCCAAAAUUAGUUACGAGUGAAAAUUUUGAUUCAAAAGAUGGAGAGAAUCCUAUAGACGCCAUUAAUGCAAUUUUGAAUAAGUUAAAUUCUAUUAGUGCUGGCAAUAUAGAAAUGGAUUCUGAAAGUAAUUUUAAAGAAGAACAGGAUAACCAAUUUAAUUUACAAGAUAUAGAUUCUAAUCAAUUGAAAGUAGCAAAUUCUGAAUCAUUUAGUUCAAAAGAGAAACUGGAUGAUCUGGCAGUGGGAAAUGAUAACUUAACGGAAUAUAUUUUGCCACCUCCAUCUAGGAGAACAUUAGUAAAUGGAAAUGCUAAUUUAGACAAUUUGGAUAUUAAUUCUGAUGCUGAUAUAGAUUCGGAUGCAACGGAUGAAACAUGCAGUGUUGCUAGUGACGAUGUCAGCAUAAAAUCUACUAUAGAAAACAAAAAAGAAGAACAUGCCUUCGGAGAGACUAAAGAGAUAUUUGUACCACAUAAAGCGGAAGUUAGAUUUGCAUCCAAUGAAAAUGGCGAACAAUUGGAAGUUUAUUAUGAGCCGACAGAACAAACGGAGAAGGAGAACGAAUUAUUAGAAAAAGCAAGCGAUAUUGUAGAUUCUGAAAAAUCUUUUAGAGAAGUAGAGAAUAUAACAACAGAGAAAUAUGAACAAAUUGAAGAAAAAAAUGUCAAUGAAAAAGUUGACUUAAAUAAAGACUGCGACGAAGAUCAUCUAGAAGGAGAUUAUAUUAAGACAUUAAAGCCUAUGACUAAGAAUGAAAGUAUGCAGCAGAGUUUGCAUUCAAAAGAAUAUAUAUUGCAUACUCUAAUUGGAUCUUUAGAUUCUUUAAAAGGUGAAGACAGUCUGGAAGCACAACAAGUGGUCAAGCAGGAAUUAGAAGAAUUAAGAGACUCGUUGAUUCAUGAACCAACUGAGAUCAUUAUGGAUAGGUUGAAGGAAUUGUAUUAUCGUGCGAAAAAUGAGGCUCAAAGGAUGCAGGAAGUUAAUGAAGAAUUAGUAAUAGUGAAAGAAAAGUACAAUGCCUUCUUAGAUGAAAGAGGAGAACUAUUAAAAAAAUAUACAACAUUAAAGCAACAGUGUGGUGAUCUGCUAAAUGCAACCUACACUGUGCCAAUACAUUAUGUUGUUCCCAUUGUAAUAGUGUUAGUGUGCAUGUUGUUAGAAAAAAUCUUCUAAUGUUUUUUGCUUUUGUAAAUAAUUUUCUCUAUGAGAAGUAAUAUAUCUCCUUUUUAAUUUUUUAUCUACAGUAAUAAUAAUAAUAAUAAUAAUAAUAAUAAUAAUAAUAAUAAUAAUAAUAAUAUUAAUAAUAAUAUUAAUAAUAUUAUAAUAAUUAAUAAUAGUAAUAAAAAAAAAUAACAAUAUUAGUUAUAAUAUGUGGUGCAAUCACAAACUCAAGUUUUAUUCUGUAUAACUGUAGAAGUGGAUUUAGGUCUGGACAAUUCAUAAUCUCUAUUUGAGAAACUUAACGUUUUUUUAUACGAUUAAGAUUAAACAAAUGUGUAAAUAGUAUGAUAUACAAAUGAACGUAUCCUUAAAGAACCAAAUUCAGGAAUUUUUCAGUUUUGACUUUUUUUUCUUUUUUUUUUUCCCUUUUUUCUUUUCUCUUUUUUCUUUUUCUUUUUUUUUUUUUGUAUUCUUUUGGAGGAAUGAAAAAUCAAAGGCAGUAUUAUAUAUUCUAUGGACACAUACGUUGUGUAUCGAUUUAAAAUGAAACUACGGCUAGGUGGAACAUAUUUAGAGAAGAAACUAGACAAUACCACUGAAAAUGUUCAAUAUGCUGCCAAUCUGAAUAAUCAUAUCUUUUCAAAGUUGUGGCAUUUAGUAUCGGAUUACAAUGCCACACGCUUCGUGUUAACACGUCGUCGCGAUUAUUUAUAAUGCAACGUCUUCGCUGGAUCGAUCAAUGAAUGGCAAGUGGCUAUGACACAAAAUUAACUGAGCAAAGUGUGUUCAUCAAUAUAUUAUCUCGUUAUUUUCUGUUUAUUGUAUGUCUUUUCGUUUCUUUUUUUUUUUUUGCCUGCGUAUGAAAGUAACAAACAAACAAACAAACAAACAAAUAAAAAAAAAAAGAAAGAAAGGAAAAAAAUAUAGACAAAAGAAAGUGUUUAUUUUACAAUCGACUAUUACGUCGAGGUUACGCAUGCGAACAAAUUUUUAUAAAAUUUGAUGUGCGGUGGUUGUAAAUCUUUUCUUCUUCUUCUUCUUCUUCUUCUUCUUCUUCUUCUUCUUCUUCUUCUUCUUCAAGAUUUCUUAUCGCGAAAUUUAUCUUACACAAAUUUCCGUUUCGUUAACGGUACCCACAUUUAUACUCAUUCACACACAUACACACACACACACGUAUAUAUAUAUAGUCCUUUCGAAAUAAACAGUUUAAAGUUCAUUUUUUUUUUUUUUAUAUCUUUCAUAUUAUCACUUAUAGUUGGAGUGUCGUUUCAUAAUAUACAUGGCACGUGUUCAGUUAUUUGUAAAAAGAUGUGUUGCGUAGAUUUUCACCGUAAGAGUGCUUCGUGCACAGGCAUGUUAUUGAUUGAGUUGUUUAAAAUAAAAUUGAUUUUGUAAUGGUUCCGCAAGUUCUAUUUAGCGAUAGCGUAUAAUUACGAUUAUCUAUUUAUCUAUUCGUUCUUAAUCGAUGUGUUUGUCUACUCGAAUUGCAACAGCUUUAAAUGCUCACUAUUUUUAAAUUUAAUUAUUAUUUAAAUGAUACAUUUUUUGUACAAAUUUGUUUGCUUAAAAUCUGCACGCUCGAUCUAUAUCUUCGUUUGCAUUGAUAUCAUCAUAUUAGAAAGCAUAUCUAAUCGACCGACCUAAUAAUUAUUAAGCAAACUAUUCUCUUAUACUUCUAGAAUUUUUUAAAAUUAAUAAUCGGUACAAGGAUUUUUCGAUCCUAAAGCGAUCCUAAAAAAAGAAUGGCCUAUGCAUCUAUUCGAGAAAGAAAGAAAAAAAAAGGAAAGGAAAGAAAGAAAAAAAACAAGAAAAAGGAAAAAAAAAUCGACAAAAAGAAAUAAAAAGCAAAAGAAAAUUUAGAAAGACAAAUUUCCGAAUUGUACACUUUUCCAUUGAAUUCUUUUUAUAUGAAUAUAAUCGAAUUUAAUCGUACCUUCUUAAUUCAUUAGUUUUAAUUAGAGUGCCAUUGCUCGAUCAACAUCUUCCGCGUUAAAAGAAUUAAAGAGACAUAAUAAUAAGAAAGAAAUGAAAAAAAGAAAGAAGAAAUUGGAUUAUAAAUAUGUUCUCGAUUUUUUUCUUUCGAGAGAAAGAAAAUCAAAUAGUCUCUCACGAUUCGUCACUUGAAUUUAAAAAACGACAAGAGAAUCGUGGAAAUUUAUAUAGUAAAUCCUACUUGUACAUAAUAUUGUUGAUAUAACCUUAAUACUUAUGUAUAAGUCAUAUAAGUAAUAAAAAUUAACUUAAUUGAGAA